AAGCAUGGGAGUGGCAGAUGACUUUGCUCCCAGCUUCACGCAGAAACCGCAACUGAGACAAGAAGACGAUGGCAACCGCCUCGUCUUCGAGUGUCAGUUGCUGUCUAAGCCCAAACCCGAAAUUCAAUGGUACCGUGGCGAGACCCUACUGAAAGAGGACAGCCGAACGAAAUUCAAAAUACAGUCGAUCGGAAGCGACAAGUACUUUGUCGUACUAGACUUGGACGAUGUCGUCGAAGCCGAUGCCGGCCUUUAUAAGGUCAAGGCCAAAAACACAAUGGGCGAAGUCGCAGCCUCCAUCAAUCUGAAUUUCAGUCCGGCUGAUGACCCUAAGGAAAGACAAAUCGACGGCAUAGCUCCUACGUUUUCUAAAAAACCGGCUAUCCGGCAAGAGGAUGAUGGCAAACGUUUGCUCUUUGAAUGCCGAAUUCAAGCUGAUCCUAAACCUACAGUCGCUUGGUUUCACAAUACCAACCCUGUUAAGGACUCACCAAGACACAAGUUGAUGGUUGACAAAGAUGGUCAUUCAUACUUUGCUUCACUCGAGAUUAAAAAUGUCACUGUUGAGGAUGCUGGCAAAUAUCGUGUGACUGCAAAGAAUGAACUUGGAGAAAGCAAUGCGACUAUCAGCUUGAACUUCGACAGCGACGAAGCGCCUGUGCCCGACGACGGUAUCAAGCCGACGUUCACCGAACGACCGGUCAUCAGGCAGGCCGACGACGGGGGCAAGAUCACCUUCGAAUGCCGCUGCGCCGGCGACCCGAACCGACGGUCGUUUGGUAAGACAUCAGGCAUCAGGUACCACGGCAAGGAAGAAGUCAAGGAUGGCGGCAGGUACAAAAUAUCCCUUGAGCAAGACCAAAAAUUAUACCACAUGGCACGCUUAGAAAUAAGUUCGGUUAAAGACUCCGACAAAGGCGAAUACAGAGCUGUUACACUCGACAGAAGCAUGGGAGUGGCAGAUGACUUUGCUCCCAGCUUCACGCAGAAACCGCAACUGAGACAAGAAGACGAUGGCAACCGCCUCGUCUUCGAGUGUCAGUUGCUGUCUAAGCCCAAACCCGAAAUUCAAUGGUACCGUGGCGAGACCCUACUGAAAGAGGACAGCCGAACGAAAUUCAAAAUACAGUCGAUCGGAAGCGACAAGUACUUUGUCGUACUAGACUUGGACGAUGUCGUCGAAGCCGAUGCCGGCCUUUAUAAGGUCAAGGCCAAAAACACAAUGGGCGAAGUCGCAGCCUCCAUCAAUCUGAAUUUCAGUCCGGCUGAUGACCCUAAGGAAAGACAAAUCGACGGCAUAGCUCCUACGUUUUCUAAAAAACCGGCUAUCCGGCAAGAGGAUGAUGGCAAACGUUUGCUCUUUGAAUGCCGAAUUCAAGCUGAUCCUAAACCUACAGUCGCUUGGUUUCACAAUACCAACCCUGUUAAGGACUCACCAAGACACAAGUUGAUGGUUGACAAAGAUGGUCAUUCAUACUUUGCUUCACUCGAGAUUAAAAAUGUCACUGUUGAGGAUGCUGGCAAAUAUCGUGUGACUGCAAAGAAUGAACUUGGAGAAAGCAAUGCGACUAUCAGCUUGAACUUCGACAGCGACGAAGCGCCUGUGCCCGACGACGGUAUCAAGCCGACGUUCACCGAACGACCGGUCAUCAGGCAGGCCGACGACGGGGGCAAGAUCACCUUCGAAUGCCGCUGCGCCGGCGACCCGAAACCGACGGUCGUUUGGUACCACGGCAAGGAAGAAGUCAAGGAUGGCGGCAGGUACAAAAUAUCCCUUGAGCAAGACCAAAAAUUAUACCACAUGGCACGCUUAGAAAUAAGUUCGGUUAAAGACUCCGACAAAGGCGAAUACAGAGCUGUUGCGAGAAAUAAACACGGCGAAGGCAUUGCGACGAUUAACUUGAAUUUUGAGGGUGGCGGUAAACCUAAAAUUCCCGAUGGAAAGCCUCCCAGGUUUCCUAAAAAGCCAACGAUUAGACAAGAGGGUGACAUUUUAAUAAUGGAAUGUCACUUAGAAGCACAUCCGGUACCCGAUAUAACAUGGUAUCAGGAACAAAUCAUUGCUGGUACCUCACGAAUUAAGAUGUCCAGAAAAGCAACCGGCAAGGAUACGUAUAUAUUAACUCUUGAAAUAUCUAAUCCGACUAGAGAAGAUGGUGGAAAUUAUCGAUGUAACGCUUUCAACAAUUAUGGUGAAAGCAAUGCCAAUAUAGCUCUUAACUUCCAAGGCGGUGAUGAUGCUGCAGGAUACGCGCCAACGUUCAUCGAAAAACCAAGAAUUAUUCCUAAUGAAACAGGCUCGUUAAUAACAAUGAAAUGUAAAUGUAAAGCUAAGCCCAAGCCUGAUGUCGUUUGGUAUCGCGGAACCACAGUCGUUAAAGAAUCGAGUAAAAUUAAAAUACGAACGGUAGAUGUAGAAGAAGAAGUAUUUGAACUUACCCUAGAAAUCAAGGAUCCUAGCGGUCCAGACGGUGGUACUUAUAGGUGUAACGUCAAGAAUGAAUUUGGUGAAAGCAAUGCCAACUUGAAUUUAAAUAUUGAAGCUGAGCCAGAACCAGAAGGUGAUGGCCCCACGUUCAUCGAAAAACCACGAAUUGUUUCACAACAAGGUGGAAAAUUAGUAAUUAUGGAUUGCAAAGUGAAAGCCAAUCCGGCUCCUACCAUCGUAUGGACAAGAGAUGGUCAAGUUGUAAAGGAGUCGAGCCGAAUCAAGAUUACCAUGGAUCAAAAGGGUGAUGAAUAUUACAUCAAAUUAGAACUCAAAGAUCCUGGAAUGGAUGAUUCUGGUCUUUACAAAUGUAACAUCAAAAACAGUAUGGGAGAACUAAAUGCCAAUCUUACGCUUAAUAUUGAAGUGGUUCCAGUAAUUAAAGAAAAACCAAAAGUUAUUAAGAUUAUUAAAAAGCGUACAGUUAUUGUUGAAUGCAAUGUUGUGAGUAAAUUUGCUCCAGAAUGUACAUGGUUCAAGGAGACUAGCGCUAUCAGGGAAAGUUCCAGACAUACCGUUAAUGUCGAACAAAUUAAAGAUGGCGAAUUUGCUGUCAAACUGGAAAUUUCAGAAUGUACAAAGAAAGAUCAAGGUACUUACAAAUUGGUUGUAAAGAAUGAAAAGGGCGAGGCAACAUCACAAGAAGUAACGAUCUUAGAUUUACCGGAUCCUGAACCAGAAAAAGGCGAAAAACCACAAAUUGUUAAAGGACUUGUUGAUGUUACUAUCGAAGAAGGUAAAUCGGCAGAGUUUAUGUGCAGUUUGAAAACUUCUGACAAGAAGGUAAAAGUUACUUGGUACAAGAACACUACAAUCAUUAAGGAGACGACAGUUUACAAAACAACAUUUGAUGGACAAAUUGCUCGUCUCACAAUAUCUACAGUUAAAACUGAACACGUUGCGAGCUACCGAGUUGUAGUCAGCAAUGAAUUUGGCCAAGACGAAUCUUCUGCCAGAUUAGUUCUUAAGGAAGAUAAGAAGAAAAAGGAAGAAGAAGAAAAGAAGGAAGAAGAGAAGAAGAAGGUAGAAGAAAAGAAAAAGGAAGAAGAGAAAAAGAAGGUAGAAGAAGAGAAGAAAAAGGAGGUCGAAAAGAAAAAGCAAGAAGAAGAAAAGAAAGCGGAAGCAAAGAAGAUAGAAGAGAAGAAAGUGGAAGAAAAGAAAAAGCUCGAAGAGAAGAUUGCGGAAGAGAAGAAGGCUGCAAAGAAGACAGUAGAAAAGAAGGAAGAAAAAUUAGAUGCUAUUAAAUUGAAACCAACGCCCAAAAAAGCUCCAGAAGAGUCUGAUGAAGAACCAACUCCGAUCAUCUCGGUUCCUGAUGAGUAUGAAGAUGAAGAUGACGAAGAGAAGAAACAGAUAAUGGGCGUCCAACUCAAACCAGUUGAGGUUCCAGAAAAGGCUGUUAAUGGCAAACAAGAAGAAAAGAAAGAAACAACUCAACGUAAGAUGUCUGUUCAGAAAAUUGAAGAGAAAUCUGAAAGUCGUCGCCAAUCGCUUAUUAAACAGAGAAGCUCGAAGAAUAUAAGAGUGAAUCGCGAAGUGAAUCCAGGAGCGAAUCCAGACGCUCAUCCGUUGCUGAAAAAACAAUUUCUGAAAGAAGAGACACCCAAGCAACCAACUACAGACGCUCCCAAAGAAACGCCAAAAGACACAGUCAAAGAUACACUUUCUGCUAAACCUAGUGAUUGUAAAACACCAAAAUCAAAAGAUACACAACCAUCAAAACAACCAGAAAAAACAUCUCCUGGAACAGAUAAACCUUCCCUUAAAAAGAAUGUUAAUAACCUUGUCCCACAGAAGGCAGAAGAAGUCACUCUGAAGAAAACACUCAAGAAGGCUGGAGAGAAGACAUUGGAGGUAAAAGAAGCAAAACAACCCGCCAAAUUGUCCAAACCCAAGUAUGAAGAACUGCCAGAAAUUCCAGAUUAUGAACGACCUGAGUUGGAGAAGUUUGAGAAACCAACAUUCACACAGACACCCAAAAAGGUGAAAGAGAAGGAGGCUAAGGAAGUGAAAGUUCCUGAAAUUAAAACACCAAAGACUGCUCCUAAGAUCGAAGUUAUAAGGGAGAAGACACCGACUUUGGACGGUAGAAAGGGCUCUUUGGCUCCUGGAUCAGAAAACAGUCGCAGAGGUUCGCUUAUUCCACCUGAGGAAGGCGGACGUAGACCAAGUCUUAUCAUCAGCGACGAGGAGCAUCGAAAACUCCGACCAGGAGAGUUGAUAGAUGAGCGGAAGGUUGGAAAAUUACGUCCUGGUGAGGUUAUUGAUUCGAAGAAAAAGGGAAGACCGGGCGAAUUGGGGGCUGGGAAACAGGUUAGGCUUAGAAAUUUACUUCUGGAAAUUUUAGUAGAAUCGUAUAUAACUACUGUGAUAACAAAUAUAAUUUCGCCUGUGCCCGACGACGGUAUCAAGCCGACGUUCAGACGACCGGUCAUCAGGCAGGCCGACGACGGGGGCAAGAUCACCUUCGAAUGCCGCUGCGCGGGCGACCCGAAACCGACGGUCGUUGGUAAGACAUGGUACCACGGCAAGGAAGAAGUCAAGGAUGGCGGCAGGUACAAAAUAUCCCUUGAGCAAGACCAAAAAUUAUUUACCACAGCACGCUUAGAAAUAAGUUCGGUUAAAGACUCCGACAAAGGCGAAUACAGAGCUGUUGCGAGAAAUAAACACACGGCGAAGGCCAUUGCGACGAUUAACUUGAAUUUUGGGGUGGCGGUAAACCUAAAAUUCCCGAUGGAUGGAAAGCCUCCCAGAGUUCCUAAAAAGCCAACGAUUAGACAAGAGGGUGACAUUUUAAUAAUGGAAUCCUUAGAAGCACAUCCGGUACCCGAUAUAACAUGGUAUCAGGGAACAAAAGUCAUUGGUGGUACCUCACGAAAUUAAGAUGUCCAGAAAAGCAACGGCAAGGAUACGUAUAUAUUAACUCUUGAAAUAUCUAAUCCGACUAGAGAAGAUGGUGGAAAUUAUCGAUGUAACGCUUUCAACAAUUAUGGUGAAAGCAAUGCCAAUAUAGCUCUUAACUUCCAAGGCGGUGAUGAUGCUGCAGGAUACGCGCCAACGUUCAUCGAAAAACCAAGAAUUAUUCCUAAUGAAACAGGCUCGUUAAUAACAAUGAAAUGUAAAUGUAAAGCUAAGCCCAAGCCUGAUGUCGUUUGGUAUCGCGGAACCACAGUCGUUAAAGAAUCGAGUAAAAUUAAAAUACGAACGGUAGAUGUAGAAGAAGAAGUAUUUGAACUUACCCUAGAAAUUCAGGAUCCUAGCGGUCCAGACGGUGGUACUUAUAGGUGUAACGUCAAGAAUGAAUUUGGUGAAAGCAAUGCCAACUUGAAUUUAAUAUUGAAGCUGAGCCAGAACCAGAAGGUGAUGGCCCCACGUUCAUCGAAAAAACCACGAAUUGUUUCACAACAAGGUGGAAAAUUAGUAAUUAUGGAUUGCAAAGUGAAAGCCAAUCCGGCUCCUACCAUCGUAUGGACAAGAGAUGGUCAAGUUGUAAAGGAGUCGAGCCGAAUCAAGAUUACCAUGGAUCAAAAGGGUGAUGAAUAUUACAUCAAAUUAGAACUCAAAGAUCCUGGAAUGGAUGAUUCUGGUCUUUACAAAUGUAACAUCAAAAACAGUAUGGGAGAACUAAAUGCCAAUCUUACGCUUAAUAUUGAAGUGGUUCCAGUAAUUAAAGAAAAACCAAAAGUUAUUAAGAUUAUUAAGAAGCGUACUGUUAUUGUUGAAUGCAAUGUUGUGAGUAAAUUUGCUCCAGAAUGUACAUGGUUCAAGGAGACUAGCGCCAUCAGGGAAAGUUCCAGACAUACCGUCAAUGUCGAACAAAUUAAAGAUGGCGAAUUUGCUGUCAAACUGGAAAUUUCAGAAUGUACAAAGAAAGAUCAAGGUACUUACAAAUUGGUUGUAAAGAAUGAAAAGGGCGAGGCAACAUCACAAGAAGUAACGAUCUUAGAUUUACCGGAUCCUGAACCAGAAAAAGGCGAAAAACCACAAAUUGUUAAAGGACUUGUUGAUGUUACUAUCGAAGAAGGUAAAUCGGCAGAGUUUAUGUGUAGUUUGAAAACUUCUGACAAGAAGGUAAAGGUUACUUGGUACAAGAACACUACGAUCAUUAAGGAGACGACAGUUUAUAAAACAACAUUCGAUGGACAAAUUGCUCGUCUCACAAUAUCUACAGUUAAAACUGAACACGUUGCGAGCUACCGAGUCGUAGUUAGCAAUGAAUUUGGCCAAGACGAAUCUUCUGCCAGAUUAGUUCUUAAGGAAGAUAAGAAGAAAAAGGAGGAAGAAGAAAAGAAAGAAGAAGAGAAGAAGAAGGUAGAAGAAAAGAAAAAGGAAGAAGAAAAAAAGAAGGUAGAAGAAGAGAAGAAAAAGGAAGUGGAAAAGAAAAAGCAAGAAGAAGAAAAGAAAGCGGAAGCAAAGAAGAUAGAAGAGAAGAAAGUGGAAGAAAAGAAAAAGCUCGAAGAGAAGAUUGUCGAGGAGAAGAAGGCUGCAAAGAAGACAGUAGAAAAGAAGGAAGAAAAAUUAGAUGCUAUUAAGUUAAAACCAACGCCCAAAAAAGCUCCAGAAGAGUCUGAUGAAGAACCAACUCCGAUCAUCUCGGUUCCUGAUGAGUAUGAAGAUGAAGAUGACGAAGAGAAGAAACAGAUAAUGGGCGUCCAACUCAAACCAGUUGAGGUUCCAGAAAAGGCUGUUAAUGGAAAACAAGAAGAAAAGAAAGAAACAACUCAACGUAAGAUGUCUGUUCAGAAAAUUGAAGAGAAAUCUGAAAGUCGUCGCCAAUCGCUUAUUAAACAAGAGAAGUUUACAAUGAAAGAUGGCGAAAAAGUUGAACUCGAAGAAUAUAAGAGUGAAUCGCGAAGCGAAUCCAGGAGCGAAUCCAGACGCUCAUCCGUUGCUGAAAAAACAAUUUCUGAGAAGCUUGAAACAAAUAACGUCGCUGAAACUAAAACCAAGAAGUUCGGUUUGAAAAAAGAAACAGCACAGGAACCAGAAAAAAAGACACCUGGAGUCCGCAAACCUUCACUAACUAAACCAACUGCAGAUAGCAGGCGUGAAUCAGUUAACAGUGUUGUUUCCGAUAUAUCGGAAUCUGUUGACGAACCAACGCCAACUCGUAACAAUGUCACUAAACCUGCCCAAAAACCAUCCGAAGAAAUUCCGAAAGUAGUUGACACAAAAUUGAAAAGUCCUAAAGAAGAGACACCCAAGCAACCAACUACAGACGCUCCCAAAGAAACGCCAAAAGACACAGUCAAAGAUACACUUUCUGCUAAACCUAGUGAUGUAGAAACACCAAAAUCAAAAGAUACACAACCAUCAAAACAACCAGAAAAAACAUCUCCUGGAACAGAUAAACCUUCCCUUAAAAAGAAUGUUAAUAACCUUGUCCCACAGAAGGCAGAAGAAGUCACUCUGAAGAAAACACUCAAGAAUGAAUCUACCGAACCUGAUGCGACAAAACCAAAAUCGAAGCGACCUUUAAAACCUGUUAAGGUCCAACACGAGAGUUUUAUAGAUAUCCAGCUGAAACCAGUUGUCCGAGAAAAGGUAGAACCAAAAAAGGCUGUGAAUUCAGAAAUUGAGUUGAAGAAGGCUGGAGAGAAGACAUUGGAGGUAAAAGAAGCAAAACAAACCGCCAAAUUGUCCAAACCCAAGUAUGAAGAACUGCCAGAAAUUCCAGAUUAUGAACGACCUGAGUUGGAGAAGUUUGAGAAACCAACAUUCACACAGACACCCAAAAAGGUGAAAGAGAAGGAGGCUAAGGAAGUGAAAGUUCCUGAAAUUAAAACACCAAAGACUGCUCCUAAGAUCGAAGUUAUAAGGGAGAAGACACCGACUUUGGACGGUAGAAAGGGCUCUUUGGCUCCUGGAUCAGGGCAAAACAGUCGCAGAGGUUCGCUUAUUCCACCUGAGGAAGGCGGACGUAGACCAAGUCUUAUCAUCAGCGACGAGCAUCGAAAACUCCGACCAGGAGAGGUGAUAGAUGAGCGGAAGCAACGUCGUCGUACUUCGAUUGAUAUGCGAAGACCUUCCAUCGCAGACAUGGAAGAUCUUAUUAACAAACCCUCAACGCCCUUAAAAGAUCUUGGACCAGCUGGACCACCAGUUAUUGUGGAUCUCCAGGAGAGCUACUCAGCAGUAGAAGACCAAACUGGAUACAUGACAAUCCAAGUAGAAGGCAAUCCCGCACCUACUUUCAAGUUCUACAAAGGUGUUACUGAAAUUAUCGAAGGAGGACGAUUCAAGUUUAUUACUGAUGGGGAAACUAAUUCGAUCACUUUGUGCAUGAGAAAAGUCAAGCCAAAUGAUGAAGGAAAAUAUCGCGUUGUGGUUUCCAAUAUCCACGGAGAAGAUUCUGCAGAAAUGCAACUUUACGUUUCAGAUUCCAGUGGUAUGGACUUCAGAGCUAUGCUUAAGAAGAGAAAGUACGCCAAGUGGGAUGACAAGAAAGAAGAUCCUGACUGGGGCGAUUUGAAAGAAGUCGAAAAACCACUGCCAGCACUUAAGAAAGUUGAAAAGAAACAAGAAACAUUCUUGAAACCAUUGGUAGAUAAGUUUGCAAAGGAAGGAAAGGAUAAAAAGGUAGUAUUUGAUGCAAACUUCACCAAAGAAAAUUGCAAACCAAAGUGGUUCUUCCGCAAAGAUGAAUUAUUCGCGGGUUCCAAGUAUAAAUUUAAGAACGAGAAAGAUUCUUAUCAACUUAUUAUUGUUAAUCCAAAAGUGGAAGAUACCGGUAAAUACACUAUUGAAAUCGGAGGCAUUAGUUGCACUGCGUUCCUUACUGUCGAAGAACCCGAUCCGGUUUACACAUUUACCAAACCAUUGAAAAAGAAAAUCGAUGGUUUUACAUUACACGAAACUAUUCUGGAAUGCGCUGUCAGCAAUGGUAUGGCCAUUGUAGGAUGGUAUAAAGGUACCACGAAGCUGGAAGAUGGUAAAAAAUACUCCAUCAGUAAAGAUUUAUCUGGUGCAUGCAAAUUGACAAUUUUAAGUGGCGAACUCGAAGACAGCGGCCAAUAUACUUGCAGAAUUGAAAAGCAAGAGGAUAAAACCGAAACCACUGUCACAAUUAUUGAAUAUCCAUAUAAAUUCGUGAAAGUAUUGAAAUCACAACAACUGAUUGAAAAAGAAACAGUCACCUUGCAUUGUGAGUUGGAUGAUGCUGCAGGAGAAGUAAAAUGGUAUAAGGGUAAAGAAGAAGUUAAACCUGAUAAACGCGUUACCAUUGUUAAAGAUGGUCGCAAACGCAAACUUGUUAUUAAAGAUUCCAAAGUCACAGAUGCAGGACAAUAUUCAUGUGUCAGCAAUGCUGAUAAAACGGAAGCUGAAAUCAUCAUCAAUUAUCAAAACCGUUUCAACAAAAAGUUGAAGGAUACAGUGGCUAUUGAAAGAGAACGUCUUGUUCUCGACAUUGAGUUACAAGAUCAAACAGCACCCGCAGAUUGGAAAUUCAAUGGAGAACCCAUUGUUCCUUCUGAACGUGUUGAAAUCAAGAACUUGGGAGGUGGUAAACAUCAACUAGUUUUCAAUAAUCUAGAAAUGGUCGACAAUGGUGAAAUUACAUGCGAAUCUGGACAACUCAGUUCGUCUUGUCAACUAACAGUUCACAAGGGAGAAAGUAAACCAAUGAUCGAUUUCCCAUCUGAACUCGAUGCACCAUGCAGCAAACCUAUUGUGUUUGAAGUGCCAUUCAAAAUUGAUGGAACUAAACAGACUCCCAUUGAAGCUAAACUUAUUAAGGAUGGCAAGCCAAUGCCUAUUAAGGAUGUAGAAGUAAUAGUCGGUGAAGAUAAGAUUACAUUCAAAAUUAAAAAACCAAGUAGAGAUCAGUCUGGACCAUAUGAAAUUAAAUUAUCCAAUGGUCAAGGCGAAGAUGUUAAGAAAGUUAGGAUCAACAUGCAAGACGUUCCAACUCCACCUCGCGAUGUGGAAGUUAAAGAAAUAUUCCAAAACUCUUGUGUUGUGGAAUGGAAACCAUCACAAGACGAUGGCGGUGCUCCAAUUGUACAUUAUGUUAUUGAGCGACAAGACUUGAGUCUCAAGGCUGGUUGGGAUAACGUCGCAGAAGUUAAACUUGGCUUACCAACUGUAUACAAAUGUGAAGAUCUCAUUGCUAAGAAACAAUAUAAAUUUAGAAUUAGAGCUGUCAAUAAAUUGGGUUCUAGUGAACCUGCUCUCUUUGGAAAACCUGUUUUGGCUAAGGAUCCUUGGGAUGAACCUGGUAAACCCACUGGUGUGGAAGUUGUUGAUUGGGACAAAGACCAUGCCGAUCUUAAAUGGAAUAAGCCAGAGAAUGAUGGUGGUGCACCAAUUACUGGCUAUAUUAUUGAAUACAAGGAAAAAUUCGGUAAAGAUUGGGUAACUGGAAAAGAAGUACCUGCAGACCUCACUGCUGCAACAGUCGAUGGUUUGAAAGAAGGCACUCAAUACGAAUUCAGAAUCAGAGCAGUUAAUAAAGCUGGACCUGGAGAACCUAGUGAUGCCACAAAACCAAUUAUUGCUAAAUGUCGCUUCGUAAAACCAUAUAUUGUUGGAGAUGGCCUUACAAAUUUGGUCGUGAAAAAAGGGCAAGUUAUCAAAUAUGAUAUUAAGUAUGGUGGUGAACCGGAACCAGAAGUCACAUGGUUUAGAGAUACUACUGAACUUUAUGAAGAUAAAGAACAAAGAACUACUAUUGAUAAAUAUGAACGUAAUACAGUAUUAACAGUGAGAAGAACUUUGAGGCCAGACAGUGGAAAGUAUAAACUACACCUCAAAAACAGUUCAGGCGUAUGUGAAUCUAUAGCCGAUGUAGUUGUAUUAGAUCGCCCUACACCGCCAAAGGGCCCAUUGGUAGUAGAUGAAGUGAGAGCAACACAUGCAACCGUGAAAUGGAAGAAACCUGACGAUUUUGGUGGUUCAGAUAUCACUGGAUAUGUUUUGGAAAAGAUGGAUUUGGAUACUGGAAGAUGGGUACCAGCUGGAGAAGUUGGACCCGAUAAAGAUAACUUCACAGUUACUGGAUUGACACCAAAUAAAAAAUACAAAUUCAGAGUAAAAGCUGUUAAUAAAGAAGGAGAAUCUGAUCCAUUAGAAACAACAGAUGCAAUUGUUGCUAAAAACCCAUAUGAUGAGCCCGGCAAACCUGGCAAACCUGACAUAUUUGAUUACGACAAUAAAAGUGUAUCACUCAAAUGGGCUAAACCAGAAAGUGAUGGUGGCCGUCCUAUUACACACUAUACUAUCGAAAUGAAGGAUAAAUUCUCUCCUGCUUGGGAGGAAGUAAUGAAAACAACAGAUGCUACAUGCGAAGCUAAAGUAGAAGGUCUUAAAGAGAAAAUGGUUUAUCAAUUCCGUGUACGUGCUCACAAUAAGGCAGGUGUUGGUGAACCAUCAGAUGAAACUGAUAAUCACUUGUGCAAACAUAAGAAUUUGAAACCAAGAAUUGAUCGUUCUACAUUUAAGAGCGUUAUUAUUAAAUCUGGACGCACACACAAAUGGGCUGUAGAUGUGACUGGUGAACCUCCACCGACUUUGAGCUGGAUCUGGCGGGAUGAUAUACCACUAGUCAAUAGUGACAGAAUAAAAAUCGAAAAUAUUGACUAUCAUACCGAUUUCAGCAUUCUUAAUACAACGCGUAGAGAUACCGGAAGAUACACAUUGAAAGCACAAAAUGCUUCUGGUAUUGAUACCGAGACCGUCGAAUUGACAGUUCUCGGCAAACCAAGUCCUCCAAAAGGACCAUUGGAAGUUACACAAGUUACUGCUAAUGGUUGCAAAUUGGGUUGGCAAAAACCAGAAGACGAUGGCGGCUGUCCUAUCAAGGAAUACGAAGUUGAAAAGAUGGAUCUUGCUACAGGUAAAUGGGUCAGGGUUGGCCGAGUUCCUGGCGAUAAAGCAAAUCCAGAAAUGGAAGUUACUGGUUUGACCCCUGGUGCUGAAUAUAAAUUCCGUGUAACUGCUGUUAACGAUGAAGGCGAUUCUGAACCAUUAGAAACCGUAAAAGGAAUUGUUGCCAAGAAUCCUUAUGAUGAACCAACGAAACCAAAGCCACCAGAGAUUGCUGAUCAUGAUAAUAAGAGUGUGGAACUGAAAUGGGCUCCGCCAGACAGUGAUGGCGGUGCACCAAUUGAAAAAUACAUCAUAGAGAAGAAAAACAAAUUUAAACCAGAUUGGGAGAAAGCUUGUGAGGUACCUGGAGAUCAGCUGACUGGUAAAGUUGAAGAUUUGAAAGAAGGAUCUGAAUGGCAAUUCCGUAUUAUUGCUGUAAAUAAAGCUGGUCCAUCUCCAGCUUCUGACCCAUCGAAAAUGCAAGUUGUGCGAUUUAAGUCAUUAAAGCCAAGAAUCGACCGCACAAAUUUGAAGCCGAUCAUCGUCAAAGCGGGUAAACCUAUUAAAUACGACGUCAAUGUUAAAGGCGAACCAGCACCAACUAUCACCUGGUAUCAUGGUACAACUGAAGUCAAAUCUGAAGGAAACAUUGAAAUCAUAAACGUAGAUUACAAUACUAAAUUCUCAAUCAAUGAUACAGUUCGAAAAAAUACAGGUGUUUACAAAAUCAAGGCGGUAAAUCAACAUGGUGAAGAUGAAGCAGAAGUAGAAGUAACAGUUCUGUCUGCACCAUCCAAACCUAAAGGACCAUUAAAGGUAACCGAUGUUACUAAAAAUGGAUGCAAAGUUAAAUGGGAGAAACCUGAAGAUGAUGGAGGCAAACCCAUCACAGGAUACGUACUUGAAAAACUUGAUAAAGCUACUGGUCGAUGGGUUCCAGUUGGAAAAUCUACAGAACCUGAGAUGGAUGUUAAAGGUUUAAUUGAAGGCCAUGACUACAAAUUCAGAGUAAAAGCUGUUAAUGAUGAGGGAGAAUCAGAACCUCUGGAAACUGAUAAAUCUAUUACUGCUAAAAAUCCUUUCGAUGUCCCUGGUAAACCAGGAACACCUGAGAUUGAAAAUUGGGAUGUGGAUAGGGUGGAACUUAAAUGGGAGCCGCCAAAGAACAAUGGAGGAGCUCCAAUUACUGGUUAUAUUAUUGAAAAGAAAGAGAAGUUUUCAAAAUCAUGGGACGAAAUCCACACUUCUAAUAGCUCUGAGCCUAACGCAAUAGUAACCGGUCUGAAAGAAGGUAACACAUAUCAAUUCAGAGUUCGAGCUGUGAACAAAGCUGGACCUGGAGAACCUAGUGAUUCAACUAAACCCCAUGUUGCAAAGGCCCGAUUCUUGAAACCAUUUAUUAAUCGUGAAAAACUUCAAACUGUCAAAGUACGUGCUGGUCAAUUCGUUAAGUUUGAUGUUGAUGUACGUGGUGAACCGCCACCGACAUAUACUUGGUCUGUUGGUCUAAAGACUUUAGAAAAUACCAACAAUUGUAAAAUCGAAAAUGAGGAAUAUAACACUAAAAUUACCAUCUCAAACACUACUCGUGCCAAUACAGGCACUUACAAGUUGAGAGCUGAAAAUUCUUCUGGUUUUGAUGAAGCUCCUGUGGAAGUAAUAGUUCUAGACAAACCUGGUAAACCAGAAGGACCUCUCGAAGUUAGUGGUGUUCAUAAGGAAGGAUGUACAAUUAAGUGGAGCAAACCAAAAGACGAUGGAGGUUUGCCUAUUACUGGGUAUGCAAUUGAAAAAAUGGAUACUGCUACAGGACGUUGGGUACCAGCAGGAUUUGUUGACCCAGACAAAACUAUCCAAGAAAUUACAGGUUUAGAACCUAAUCAUAAAUAUGAAUUUAGAGUCAAGGCUGUUAACGAAGAAGGUGAAUCUGAACCUUUGGAUACGGACACUGCCAUUACUGCCAAAAAUCCAUUUGACCCUCCUGCUGCACCUGGUCUACCUGAAAUUGUAGAUUGGGAUGAGAAUAGUGUCAAGCUGAAAUGGGAGAAACCAAUCAGAGAUGGAGGUGCUCCAAUUACUGGAUACAUUGUUGAAUUUAUGGAUAAAUUUGGAAGUACAUUUACAAAAGCUGUAGAGACUACAGGGCCAAACUGCACUGCAACUGUUCCUAAACUUGAAGAAGGCAACCAAUAUAAAUUUAGAGUAAAAGCAGUGAAUAAAGCAGGUCCAUCAGAACCAUCAGAAGAAACGAACUGGCACACAGCUAAACCAAGAUUCUUGAAACCACAUAUUGAUCGUACAAAUCUACAAAACUUGACUGUGAAAACUGGUCUCGCUGUUUCUCUAGAUAUUAAUAUCAUCGGUGAACCAGCACCUGUUGUCACUUGGUACUUCAAGGAAAAAGAACUGCAAUCAGAUGAGCAAAUUCGUAUAGAUAAUAUUGACUACAAUACUAAAUUCUUUAUUAUGCGUGCUAAGAGAGCUCAAAGCGGAAAAUAUGUUAUUAAAGCUAAGAACAGUCAAGGAGAAGAUACAGCAGAAGUAGAAAUAACUGUAAUUGGCAAGCCAUCUAAACCAAAAGGGCCACUCGAAGUAUCGGAUGUUACUAAGAAUGGUUGCAAAUUAAAAUGGAAAAAACCAGAGGAUGAUGGUGGAGUUCCUGUUGAUUUCUAUGAAAUUGAAAAACUUGAUCCACUUACUGGUCAAUGGAUUCCGUGUGGCAAAAGCACAGAACCAGAAGCAAAUAUCACAGGCUUGCAAGAAGGAAAACCAUAUAAGUUCAGAGUUAGGGCUGUUAAUAAAGAGGGUGAAUCUGAUGAUUUGGAAACAGAAGGUUCCAUUAUCGCUAAAAAUCCAUUUGAUGAACCUGGUAAACCCGGACGUCCUGAACUUAAAGACUGGGAUAAAGACUUUGUGGAUCUUGCUUGGACUCCACCAAAAUCAGAUGGAGGAGCACCAAUUGAAAAAUACAUUAUCCAAAUGCGAGAUAAGGCAGGAAGAGGCUGGGUUGAUGCUUGUACAACACCAGGAGAUAGAACAACUGGUAAAGUUACUAACGUUGAAGAAGGUCAUGAAUAUGAAUUCCGUAUUGUUGCUGUAAAUAAAGCAGGACCUAGCGAACCUUCAGAUCCUUCUAAAUCAGUUGUUGCCAAGCCUAGAUUCUUAGCUCCUCAUAUUGAUAGAAAGAAUUUACAGAAAAAAGUUGUACGCACAGGUCAAAUGUUGCGCAUGGAAGCUGAUGUCAAAGGUGAGCCUGCGCCCACUGUAACUUGGACUCUUAAAGAUCAAGUUUUAAAAACUCAUGAUCGCUUGAAAAUUGAAAAUGAAGAUUACAAAACAUGUUUCAUUAUGCAAAAGAUGAAGCGAUCAGACACUGGCACAUAUAUAGUUACUGCAAAGAAUGAUUCUGGAGUUGACAGCGUUGAAGUCGAGGUACAAGUCCUCAGUAAACCAUCUAAACCUAAAGGACCACUUAAGGUAUCUGAUGUAACUGCUGAAGGAUGCAAAUUGAAAUGGGAUAAACCCGAAGAUGAUGGCGGAGAGCCUGUCGAUCACUACGUUGUAGAACGUAUGGACACUGAAACUGGUCGUUGGAUACCAGUGACAACAUCCAAGACUCCAGAAGCUGAUGUAACAGGUUUGAAUGAAGGAAAAGACUACCAAUUCCGCGUCAAAGCUGUAAAUGCUGAAGGUGAAUCUGAGCCACUAGAAACAGAAACACCGACCACAGCUAAGAAUCCAUACGGAGAACCUGAUGCACCCGGAAAACCAGAACUCAAGGAUUGGAGCCGCAAUCACGCCGAUCUCAAAUGGACACCGCCUAAAGAUGAUGGUGGUGCAGAAAUUACAGGUUACAUUGUUGAGAAGAAAGAUGACUUUAGCAAUAAAUGGGUUAAAUGCGCUGAAGUUCCUGGAAAUAAAUGUGAAGCUAAAGUUCCAGAUUUGAUUGAAGGCAAAAAAUAUCAAUUUAGAGUAAAAGCUGUAAACAAAGGUGGUCAAAGUAAACCAUCACCACCUUCAGAAACUCUAGUUGCAAAGAUAGAUUUGGUAACUGCACCGAAAAUUGAUCGCAGUACAAUCAAGGACUUUACAGUCAAAGCUGGUCAGGUCAUCAGGUUGGAUGUUAAAAUUAGUGGUGAACCUCCACCAUCUAAGACAUGGUUCUUGAAUAAAGCUAGACUUGAGAGCAAGGACGAUAUUAGCAUUGAUGUGGAGGACUAUAGAACUAAAAUUGUUAUUUCUAAUGUGAAGAGAGAACAUACAGGAAAAUUAGUUAUUAAAGCUGAAAAUACCUCUGGAAAAGAUGAAGCUACAAUAGAGAUUAAGGUUUUGGAUAAACCUGGUAAACCAGAAGGUCCGCUUAAGAUUAGUGACGUGCACAAAGAAGGAUGUACACUUAAAUGGAAUCCUCCUGAAGACGAUGGUGGUGUGCCAAUAGAAUAUUAUGCAGUGGAAAAAAUGGAUACCGAAACAGGAAGAUGGGUACCAGCAGGCAGAAGUAAAGAACCUAAGUUAGAGUUAUCAAAUCUGGAGCCGGGACAAGAGUAUAAAUUUAGAGUAAUGGCUGUUAACGCCGAAGGUGAAUCAGAACCUCUGGAAGCUGAUAAGUCUAUUGUCGCCAAGAAUCCAUUUGACGAACCUGGCGCACCUGGAACACCAGAACCUACAGAUUGGGAUAAGGAUCAUGUUGAUCUCAGAUGGACCCCACCAGUCAAGGAUGGUGGGUCUCCAAUCACAGGAUAUAUUAUUGAAAAACGUGAAAAGGGCACUGGCCGUUGGACCAAAGCAGGUGAGGCAGGUCCAGAUGAUUGCAAAGGAACUGCAGAAAAUUUGGAAGAAGGCAAAGAAUAUGAGUUCAGAGUUAAAGCCGUUAAUGCUGCUGGACCUGGAGAACCUAGUAUGGCCAGUAAACCUGUUGUUGCCAAACCAAGAAAAUUGGCGCCUAAGAUUGACAGAAAGAACUUGCGUAAUGUAACUGUAAAAGAAGGUGAGCCCAUAUUCUUUGAUGUUAAAAUUACUGGAGAACCUGCGCCUGAUGUAACAUGGACAUUAAACGAUAAAACUCUACCUCAAACCGCUGCACUUCGAGUGGAAAAUGUGCCAUACAAUUCCAAGUUCUAUAACGAUAAUCCCGAAAGAAGAGAUACUGGUGUUUAUAAGAUUACUGCUGUGAACAAAUAUGGUUCUGACUUCGUUGAAGUGGAAAUUGAAGUUAUAACUAAACCUGGCAAACCUGAAGGACCAUUGGAAGUCUCAGACAUUCACAAAGAUGGCUGCACUUUGAAAUGGAAAAAACCAAAAGACGACGGCGGAGAGCCAAUUGAAGCAUAUGUCGUUGAGAAGUUCGACCCAGAUACUGGAAUAUGGCUUCCAGUGGGUAAAACAAAUGGCCCUACGCCGGAAAUGAAUGUAGAUGGAUUAACGCCUGGUCACGAAUACAAAUUCCGUGUCAAAGCUUUGAAUAAAGAGGGUGAAUCUGAACCACUUGAAACUUUGGGAUCAAUUGUUGCCAAAGAUCCAUUCACUAUUCCAUCCACUCCUGGAGUACCAGAACCUUCAGAUUGGUCUGCAAGUCAUGUAGAACUUAUCUGGAAAGAACCUGCAUCAGAUGGAGGAUCGCCUAUAACCGGUUAUAUAAUUGAAAAGAAAGAUAAAUAUAGUCCUAUGUGGGAAAAGGCAUUGGAAACAAAUACUGCAACACCAAUCGCUGUUGUUAAUGGCCUUAUAGAAGGAAAUGAAUAUCAAUUUAGAGUAAUUGCUGUCAACAAAGCUGGUCAGAGUGAUCCAUCCGAUGCCAGCAAGACUUUCACUGCCAAGCCUCGCUUCCUUGCUCCACGUAUCGAUCGUCGCAAUUUGCGUGAUGUCACAUUAUCUGCUGGUACCACACUUAAAUAUGAUGUCAACAUUAUUGGUGAACCACCACCAACCGUUGAAUGGCGUUAUGGUUCCAUGCCAUUGAAAUCUGGCAAGACUCUACAAAUUGAUAAUGUGGACUAUAACACUAAGCUUGUUAUCAGACCAACGUGUCGAGCUGAUUCUGGUGAAUAUACAGUUACAGCAUCGAACAGUUCCGGUAAAGACACCGUCACUGUAACAGUGACAGUUACUGAUAAGCCAACAUCGCCUGAAGGACCUCUUCAAAUAUCAGACAUUCAUAAAGAAGGAUGCAAACUCAAGUGGAAGCGUCCUCGUGAUGAUGGUGGUACUCCAAUUGAAUACUAUCAAGUUGAAAAAAUGGAUCCUGAAAGCGGCUGCUGGAUACCAUGUGGACGUUCUAAUGAACCAAAUAUGGAAGUUACUGGCCUUACACCAGGAAAAGAAUAUAAAUUUAGAGUCGCUGCAGUAAAUUCAGAAGGAGAAUCCGAACCAUUAGUUGCUGAAGAAACAAUUGUGGCUAAGAAUCCAUUUGAUGAACCUGGAGCACCUGGAAAUUUGCAAGCAACAGAUUGGGAUAAGGAUCACGUUGAUUUGAAAUGGACUCCUCCAAAAGAAGAUGGUGGAUCUCCAAUCACAGGUUACAUUGUCGAAAAGAAAGAUAAAUUUGGUCAAUGGGAAAAGGCUGUUGAAGUUCCUGCACACAAAACUACCGCAACCGUUCCAGACCUAAUUGAAGGUCAAGGUUACGAAUUUAGAGUACGAGCCGUAAACGCUGCUGGUCCUGGAGACCCAAGUGAUGCCACUCCAACAAUAAUAGCCAAACCUAGAAAUUUGGCACCUAAGAUAGAUCGUACAAAUCUGAUUGAUAUCAAGAUUAAGGCCGGUCAAAACUUUGCAUUUGAUGUUAAAGUAACUGGUGAACCUGCACCAGAAACAAAAUGGUUAUUAGGUAAACAAGAAAUGAAAUCGUCAGAUAGAAUCAAGGUGCAACAUCAAGAAUAUAAUACAAAAAUAAGUGUCCGUAAUGCUACUCGAUCAGAAUCCGGCAAAUAUACAAUUACGGCUGAAAAUGUGAAUGGCAAAGAUAUAGCAUAUGUAGAAGUAACCGUUCUUGAUAAGCCUAGUCCCCCAAGUGGCCCACUCAAAGUAUCAGACGUUCAUGCUGAUGGUUGCAAACUUAACUGGAACCCACCAGCAGACGAUGGUGGGCAACCUGUUGAGAAAUAUGUGGUUGAAAAAAUGGAUGAAGCCACAGGACGCUGGGUUCCUGCUGGAGAAACUGAUGGCCCAGAAACUUCUUUAGCCAUAGAUGAUUUAACACCUGGACACAAAUAUAAAUUUAGAGUAAGAGCUGUAAAUAAACAAGGAAAGUCUGAACCAUUGACCACAAGUCAAGCAAUCGAAGCCAAGAAUCCAUUUGAUGAACCAACAAAGCCAGGAACACCCGCAAUUACGGAUUAUGAUAAGGACUUUGUAGAACUAGAGUGGAAGCGACCCGAAAGCGAUGGUGGUUCACCAAUAACUGGCUAUAUAAUAGAAAAGAAAGAUAAAUUCAAUCCAAAUUGGGAGAAAUGUGCAGAAGUCGAAGGCGACAAAACAAGCGGUAAAGUUCCAAACUUAAUUGAAGGAAAUCAGUAUGAAUUCCGUGUUCGAGCUGUGAAUAAAGCUGGACCUGGUGAACCAAGCGAUGCAUCUCAGUCCCAUGUCGCUAGACCCAAAAAUCUGGCUCCUAAGAUUGACCGCAAUGCUAUGCGCGAUAUUAAAGUACGAGCAGGUCAGACAUUCGAAUUUGACGUUCCUGUCAUUGGUGAACCUCCACCGACCAAACAAUGGACACUAAAAGACAAUAUGGUAGUAAAUAGUGACUGCGUCAAAAUUGUUAAUGAAUCAUACAGUACCAAACUUCGUGUAACAGACGCUAAACGAUCCGAUAGCGGUGUCUACACAUUGACAGCAAAGAAUAUCAAUGGAGUUGAUACAGCAACAUUAACAGUUACUGUAUUGGACAUACCACUACCACCAGAGGGUCCAUUAAGAGUCGAUAACAUAACUAAGAGUGGUGCAACAGUGAGCUGGAGACCACCAAAGGAUGACGGUGGAUCAGACAUAUCGCACUAUGUUGUCGAAAAACUUGACACAGAAAACAUGCGAUGGGUACCUAUUGGAGAAACUGCUGCAACAUCAUUCCGCACAGACAAUCUAAUUGAAGGACAUGAUUACAAUUUCCGUGUUAAAGCUGUUAAUAAACAAGGGGAAUCAGCACCUCUGACUGGACAACAAACUAUAACCGCCAAGGAUCCAUUCGGCAAACCAGAUAAGCCGGGUGCACCACAAGCAACAGAUUGGGAUAAAGAUCAUGUGGACUUGGAAUGGACUCCACCAAAGAAGGAUGGAGGGUCACCUAUUACAGGAUACAUCAUCGAAAAACGACCAAAAUAUGGCUCAUGGGAGAAAGCUGCAGAGGUACCUGGCGAUAAAACUGCUGCCACUGUACCAAACCUUACAGAAGGUGAAGAAUAUGAAUUCCGUGUAAUAGCCGUAAAUAAAGGAGGACCAGGAGAACCUAGUGAAGCAUCAUUACCUAUUGUGGCUAAACCUAGAUUCCAAGCACCUGUGUUUGACAAAACAUUAUUGCAUGAUAUCACUGUUAAGGCUGGUCAAAGAAUUAGCUAUAAUAUACCAAUUGAAGCUUCACCAAAACCGACCGCCAAGUGGAGCGUAAACGGCAAAAAUCUGGAGCCCGACAACCGAGUAGAUUUCCAAGUAUUCAACAAUAAGAUUACAUUUGAUAUUCCAUUCUCUGUACGUUCCGAUACUGGAAAAUAUACUCUCACAUUGGUAAAUAAUCUCGGACAAUGUUCAGCUUCAGCUAAUGUGACAGUUCUAGACAAACCUUCCAAACCAGAGGGUCCAUUAGAUGUAAGUGGAGUCACUAAAGAAGGUUGCAGAUUAAGUUGGAGAACGCCUAAGGAUGAUGGAGGCUCUCCUAUUUUGCAUUACGUUAUUGAAAAAAUGGAUAUGACACGUGGAACAUGGUCUGAUGCAGGAAUGUCAACCUCACUUAAUCACGAAGUAACUCGUCUCAUACAUAAAAAGGAAUAUUUGUUCCGCGUAAAAGCUGUUAAUGCAAUUGGAGAAUCAGAACCAUUAGAGACAGAAAAGAGUAUAAUUGCCAAGAACCAAUUCGAUGAACCCGAUGCUCCUGGUAAACCAGCUGUUACUGACUGGGAUAAGGAUCAUGUGGAUCUCGAAUGGAAACCACCAAAAUCUGAUGGUGGAUCUCCAAUUACCGGAUAUAUUAUUCAGAAGAAGGAGAAAGAUAGUCCAUACUGGAUAAACGCCGCUAAUGUCCCAGCAGACAAAACAAGCGCUACGGUUCCAGAUCUUGUAGAAGGACAAGAAUAUGAAUUCCGUGUAAUUGCCAAGAAUACUGCAGGCCAAAGUGAACCUAGUGAACCAUCAGAUAUGGUUACUGCUAAAGCAAGAUAUCUUGCGCCUAAGAUCGUCACUCCACUCAAGGAUAUCCGCAUUAAGGCUGGUCUCAUACUACAUUGCGAUAUAGACUUCAUUGGAGAACCAGCACCUGAAGUUAUUUGGACAAAGGAAACUAAACCUAUAACUAUAGAUGAUAGAACAACUAUCACAUCUAUAGGUUACCAUACUAUUGUGCAUACUGUAAAUGCCAAGAGGUCAGAUGGUGGCUUAUACCAUUUACUCCUAAGGAAUAGUUCUGGUAUUGACGAGGGUUCAUUCCAAAUCAUAGUCCUAGAUCGCCCAGGACCUCCUCAAGGCCCUCUAGAAUACGAAGAAGUCACUGCACAAAGUGUCACACUUUCAUGGAAACCACCAAAGGAUAAUGGAGGCAGUGAAAUAACUGGAUACAUGAUUGAGAAACGUGAUUUGACACAUGGUGGUGGUUGGGUACCAGCUUUAACACAUGUUAAUCCCAAGUACAACCAUGCAGUAGUACCCAGGUUACUAGAAGGCACAAAAUAUGAAUUCCGCGUUUGUGCUGAAAAUUUGCAAGGCCGCUCAGAUCCAUUAGACUGCGAGAAACCUGUUGUUGCCAAGAACCAAUAUGAUGUGCCUGGACGUCCUGGUAAACCGGAGCUUGUUGAAAGUGACAAAGAUCAUAUUACUAUUAAAUGGUCACCUCCAAUUAGUAAUGGAGGAUCACCUAUUUUGGGAUAUAAUGUUGAACGCAGAGACAAAGCUACUGGCCGUUGGAUACAAUUAAACAAAGAACCAUGCAGACAACAAGAAUAUGUGGACGAUAGAGUACAAGCGGGACAUGAAUAUGAAUAUCGUAUUUCUGCAGUAAAUGCAGCUGGUCCUGGCAAACCAAGUGAGACAUCAAACACCUUCGCUGCAAAACCAAUGAGAGAAAAACCAAAACUUUGGUUGGAUGGAUUGAUUGGUCGCAAGAUCAAAGUACGUGCUGGAGAGCCCAUCAAUAUAGACAUACCAAUUUCUGGAGCUCCAAUUCCAACUAUUGAAUGGUCAAAGGAUGGCACUAAACUAGCAGAUUCCUACAGAAUAUUUACAAAAACAACAAGCGAAAAUACUAAGAUGAUGGUGGAGUCGUCUACUAGAAAGGACUCUGGAAAUUACACAAUUUUAGCGAAGAACGAACAUGGACAAGACUCUGCUGAUAUUGAAGUAAUAGUUGUAGACAAACCAGGAAUGCCUAAGGGUCCACUCACCUACACUGGUACAACUCAAGACACAGUAUCAUUAUCAUGGAAUCCACCUGCAGACGAUGGUGGUGGCGAACUAACAGGAUACAUUGUUGAAAUGAGUGAAUUUGGAACAGAUAGUUGGAGACAAGUUCCUGGUUUCUGUCCUAAAUGCGCCUUUACUGUUAGAGGUUUAACAGAAGGCAAAAAAUAUGUAUUCAGAGUUCGUGCUGAAAAUAUUUAUGGUGUAUCUGAACCACUUGAUGGUAAACCUGUAGUUGCUAAAAGCCCAUACGAUCCUCCAGAUGCUCCUAGUCAACCAACUGUCACAGGAUACACACCAAACUCAUGCAGUUUGGAAUGGGAACCACCAACAAAUACCGGUGGAAAACCAAUCACAGGCUAUUAUGUUGAAAAGAGAGAGCGCGGAGGUGAAUGGAUUAAGGUUAAUAAUUAUCCCACACCUAAUACAUCAUUUACUGCACAAGAUCUUAGAGAAGGAUCUCGCUACGAGUUCCGCGUGAUUGCUGUAAAUGAAGCUGGGCCUGGAAAACCAAGCAAACCCACUGAACCAAUAACAGCACAAGCACAGAAAUUCAAGCCAGAUGCUCCAGAACCGCCUAAACCAGAUAGAAUUACUAAAGACAGUGUCACAUUAUCCUGGAGGCCACCACGCAAUGAUGGCAAAUCCAAGAUUAAAGGAUACAACCUUCAAAAGAAAGCGAAGGGAGACAAAGAUUGGUCAGAUGUUAACACGACACCGAUUAAUGAUACCGUAUACACGGUGCCUCAACUUAAAGAAGGCGAAGAAUAUCAAUUCCGCGUUAUUGCUAUUAAUGAUGUUGGUGAGUCAGAUCCAAGUAAACCAAGUGCUGGUAUUGUAAUUGAAGAACAACCAAAUAAACCUGUAAUAGACUUGGGAGGAAUUCGCGAUAUUACAGUGCGUGCGGGAGAAGAUUUUAGCAUUCAUGUACCAUAUGUAGGAUUCCCUAAACCUACAGCAGCUUGGUUUGCUAAUGAUACUAUCUUAGACGAUACUGAUAGUCGAGUCUUCCAACAACUUGGUGAUGAUUUCGCCAGCAUAGUUGUUAAAAACAGUAAACGAAAUGAUAGUGGACAAUAUAGGCUACAACUCAAAAAUCCAUCCGGCUUUGAUACAGCCACUGUUAAUGUUCGUGUUCUUGAUAGACCAAGCAAACCAGAAAACUUGCGGGCUGAUGAAUUUGCCGGAGACUCUCUCACACUUUACUGGCAGCCACCAAAGGACAAUGGUGGAGCUGACAUAACAAACUAUAUUGUUGAAAAGAAAGAAGCUCGUUCAGCAACAUGGUCCAAAGUCAGUAGUUAUGUUACUACUCCAUUUGUUCGUGUUCGUAACUUAACUAUUGGAAAAGAAUACGAAUUCCGAGUCAUUGCUGAAAAUCAAUAUGGACAGUCAGAUCCAGCCGUCACAGUUGAUCCAAUCCGUGCGAGAUAUCCAUUUGAUCCUCCAGGACCACCUGGAACUCCAAGAGAAGUCGAGACAACCGAAGACUCUAUUACAAUUCAAUGGACUAAGCCACGCCACGAUGGCGGUUCUCCUAUCACAGGAUAUGUUAUCGAGAAACGUUUGAAAUCAGAUGAUAAAUGGACUAAAGCAUCACACGCGCUUGUAACGGAUCUAUCACAUAAAGUAAUAAGUUUGAUUGAAAAUCACGAAUAUGAAUUCCGUGUGGCAGCGCUUAAUGCCGCUGGACAAGGUCCCUACAGUUCCGCAUCUGAUAUGAUUGUAUGCAGAGCACCAGCAAGCGCUCCAAAAAUAACAUCAGAUUUGAGCAUUCGUGACAUGACAGUGUUCGCUGGUGAAGAGUUCACAAUUACCGUUCCAUAUACAGGAAAUCCGAAACCAAAAUGCAUUUGGAGUAUCAACUCCGAAGAAGUACUUUCGGAUGAUCGUAUUAAAUUUGAUUGUGGCACAGAUCGCAUGCUGUACAUUAAUAAAUGCGCCAAACGUACAGACUCUGGAAAUUACACGAUUCAGUUAAUUAAUUCUGUGGGAUCUGAUUCAGCUACAUGCCGUGUAUUGGUUGUUGACAAACCACUGCCACCCCAAGGGCCACUGGAUGUAUCGGACAUUACUCCAGAUACUUGUACACUAACCUGGAAACCACCGCUAGAUGAUGGUGGCUCUCCGAUUACCAACUACAUCGUAGAAAAAAUGGAUGCUAGUGGCGUAUGGGUAAAAGUUAGCAGUUUUGUACGUAACUGCCAUUAUGACGUAAUGGGAUUAGAACCAAAUAAGAAGUACUACUUCAGAGUUCGUGCCGAAAAUCAAUACGGAGUAAGUGCACCAUUAGCUAAAGAAGAACCAAUUGAAGCUAAAUUCCCCUUCACUGUUCCUAACCCGCCGGGAAUGCCAAGAGUUAUUGAUUGGGAUGCGGAAAGCGCCACUAUUACAUGGGAUCGCCCGACACACGACGGUGGCUCUAGAAUUCAAGGAUACAAAAUUGAAUACAGAGAUCCUGCUGAAGAUACUCACUGGCACGUGAACGACUUCCUUGUAAAGGACACUACAUACCAAGUAUAUAAUUUAGCAGGAGGUCACGAAUACGAAUUCCGUGUACGUGCUAAGAAUGCUGCAGGAUUCAGCAAACCAUCACCACCAUCUUCCAAAUUCAAACUCAAAGGUAAAUUCAACGUACCAUCACCUCCAGGAACUCCAAAGGUUCUUAAGGUUGGUAGAAAUUAUGUGGACUUGAAAUGGGAUCCACCAGUAAGUGAUGGUGGUUCUCGAAUUACUGGAUACAUAAUUGAAAAGAGGGAGAUUGGAGGAGCACAAUGGUUGAAGUGCAAUGACUACAAUGUUGUUGAUACAGAAUACACAGUAAUCAAUCUGAUCGAGCGUGGUGAUUAUGAAUUCAGAGUAUUUGCAGUUAAUGCUGCAGGAAAGAGUGAUCCUAGCGGCUGCACUAUGCCAGUGAAGAUUUGUGAAGUACAAGGAGGAGAGAAACCUGAAUUUGUUCGACCAUUGACUAACCAAUGUGUAUCAUUGGCCAAAUCGCAUACGCUAGAAUGCGAAGCUAAAGGAAAACCGCCUCCGACACCACGCUGGUUGAAAAAUGGAAGAGAAAUUGUCAUGGGCACUAGAUUCAGAUCUGAAGCUGUUAAUGGUGUAUUCCGUCUUCACAUAUCGGAAGUAUGGGAACAAGAUGAUGGUGACUAUACUUGCGAAGCUAGCAAUACAGAAGGAUAUGUGCAUACCACUGCUCGUCUGAAGAUCGGAACACCACCGAGGAUCGAUAGAAUGCCUGGAGACUUAUACCUGCCUGAACAUGAUAACACUAAGAUCAAAAUAUUCUAUUCUGGUGAUCAACCUAUGGAAGUUACAUUAUCAAAGGAUGGUCGUCAAAUCUCCGAGUCCACACACAUUAAAUAUACUGUGUUUGAUGAAUACUUGAUAAUAUUUAUAAAAGACAUUACAAAAGACGAUGCUGGAACUUACACUCUCACAAUUAAAAAUGAUAGCGGAAGUGUUUCCGCUAACUUCACGGUUUACAUUACUGGUUUACCUGGACCACCAACUGGUCCUCUAGAAAUUUCAGAUAUAUCUAAACAUACAUGUACACUCAGUUGGAAACCACCAAGUUAUGAUGGCGGCUUGAGAAUUACUCACUAUGUAGUUGAAAGAAAAGACAUUAGUCUAACUCACUGGAUAAUAGCUACAAGCAGCUGUAAAGAUACUACAUUCACUGUACAAGGUCUCACGGAAGGUCAAGAAUACUUAUUCCGUGUAAUGGCAGUAAAUGAUAACGGUAUGGGACCACCUUUGGAAGACACCAAUCCUAUUAAAGCUAAAGCUCCAUUCGAUCCACCGUCACCGCCAGGAACACCUAAAGUUACAGAAGUUGGUGGAGACUUUGCUAACUUAUCUUGGGAGAAACCAGAAUCUGAUGGCGGAGCCCGUAUUCAAGGAUACUGGAUCGACAAACGUGAAGUUGGAAGCAAUACCUGGCAACGCGUUAAUGUUGCUAUUUGUUUAGCUACUCAAAUCAACUGCGCGAAUCUAAUUGAAGAUAGACAAUAUGAAUUCAGAGUUUUUGCCCAAAACGAAGCCGGACUUUCCAAGGAAUCAUCCGCAUCAGGUUCGGUUAAGAUUAAAGAUCCCAAAGCCGCAACUCCUCCAGAAAUUGUUAAACCACUCAGAAAUGCUAAUUGCAUUCAAUAUCAUAAUGCCCAAUUCUCAUGUACAAUCACUGGUGUUCCUACUCCCACAAUUACGUGGUACAAGGGAGCUCGUGAAAUUACUAGUGGAUCCCGUUACAACAUUUAUUCUGAUGGAGACACAUACAAUCUCACCAUUAAGGAUGUAUAUGGAGAAGAUGCUGAUGAGUACGUCUGCCGUGCUGUAAACAAGGGAGGAGUUAAAUCGACUCGAGCUGAGUUGUUGAUUAUGACCGCGCCUAAACUCAAUAUCCCGCCAAGGUUCAGAGACACUGCUUUCUUCGACAAAGGUGAAAAUGUUAUUGUUAAAAUACCAUUCACUGGACAUCCUAAACCGAAGAUCACAUGGGUUCGAGAAGGUGAAACUAUUGAGUCUGGUGGACACUAUAAUGUCGAAGUUAAAGAAAGACAUGCAAUUCUCACAAUUCGUGAUGGAAGUAAGAUCGAUACUGGUCCAUAUAGAAUAACUGCCGAGAAUGAAUUGGGACAAGACACUGCAAUAAUCAAGAUUCAAAUCAGCGAUCGUCCUGACCCACCGCGAUUCCCUCUAUGUGAAAAUAUUGGUGUCGACUCAUUGGCUUUGAGUUGGAAAGCACCAAUCUGGGAUGGCGGUAGCAACAUAACUAAUUACAUGGUAGAACGCCGAGAACAUCCUAUGACUAGCUGGAUUCGUGUAGGAAACACGAGAUUCAACGCAAUGGCAGUAUCUGGUUUAGCUCCUGGUCAUCAAUAUGAAUUCAGAGUAUACGCUGAAAACAUUUAUGGACGUUCCGAUCCAUCAGAAGUUAGCACAUUAGUUCAAACUAAAGAUUCUGGGAAAAAGAAAAUUAAAAAGAAGGAAUACAAACUUGAUGAUAAAGGAAAGAAAAUCCGAGGAGAGGCCGAUGGUCCUAUUAAAGAUUACGACCAAUACGUAUUCGACAUAUACUCUAAAUAUGUUCCACAGCCCGUUGAUAUAUCCACAGACAGUGUAUACGAUGCUUAUGACAUUCUUGAAGAAAUUGGAACAGGUGCAUUUGGAGUUGUACAUAGAUGCCGAGAAAGGAAAACUGGCAACAUAUUUGCGGCCAAAUUUAUACCUGUAUCACAUAUGAUGGAGAAAGACUUAAUUCGCAAAGAAAUCGAUAUUAUGAAUCAACUUCAUCACCAGAAAUUGAUUAAUCUUCAUGAUGCAUUCGAAGAUGAUGAUGAAAUGGUUCUCAUUUUGGAAUUCUUAUCUGGUGGUGAAUUGUUUGAACGCAUCACCGCUGACGGUUAUCGUAUGUCCGAAGCAGAAGUCAUAAAUUACAUGAGACAAAUUUGUGAAGGUGUUAAACAUAUGCAUGAAAAGAAUAUCAUUCAUUUGGAUAUCAAACCCGAAAAUAUUAUGUGCCAGACAAGGAAUAGUACUAAUGUUAAAUUAAUAGACUUUGGUUUGGCUACUAAAUUAGAUCCUAAUGAAGUAGUUAAGAUUUCUACUGGAACUGCUGAAUUUGCUGCACCAGAAAUAGUCGAGCGGGAACCAGUAGGAUUCUACACAGAUAUGUGGGCAGUGGGAGUUUUGGCAUAUGUCUUAUUGAGCGGAUUGUCUCCAUUUGCUGGUGAAAACGAUGUAGAAACAUUAAAGAAUGUGAAAGCAUGUGAUUGGGACUUCGAUCAAAAUGCUUUUGCAAACAUAUCAGAAGAAGGACGCGACUUUAUUCGCAGAUUAUUAGUUAAGAACAAAGAGAAACGUAUGACUGCACAUGAAUGCUUACAGCAUGCAUGGUUGACUGGAGAUCACAGCGAUCUUAAUCAAGAAAUUGAUAACUCCAGGUACUUACGUAUCAGAGAUAAAAUCAGAGCUAAAUAUCCAAAUUGGGAUUCAUUCCUUCUGCCACUUGGUCGCCUCUCAGAAUACUCAUCAAUUCGCAAAUUAUUGGUCGAUAAAUAUAAAAUCCAUGACACAUCAUUCGAUCGUCGCCAAGCUAUGCCACGCUUUGUCAUCAAACCUCAAAGUGCUUUCUGUUACGAAGGCCAAAGUGUCAAAUUUACUUGCCGUGUGAUUGCAAUUGCCACUUGUACACUAUCCUGGUCACACAACAAUCAAGAUUUGAGGCAGAGCGUUAAAUUCAUGAAACGUUACGUUGGUGACGACUACACAUUCAUAAUUAACAGAGUAAAGGUUGAAGACCGUGGUGAAUAUAUUAUUAGAGCAGAAAAUCACUAUGGAUCAAGAGAAGAAGUAGUAUUCCUCAACGUUCAACCAUUGCCAAAGGAAGCUCCUGUAUAUAAACCCGAAAAGCAACCAGUCAGAAGGCGAGAAGCGCUUCCAUAUACAUUGUGGCAAGAAGAAUCCGAAUCCGCCCCAAGAUUCACAUUCCUAUUACGUCCUCGUGUUAUGCAGUGUCGCGAUACUUGUAAAUUACUUUGUUGUCUCAGUGGAAAACCAGUACCCACAGUUAAAUGGUACAAGGAUAAGAGGGAACUUAGCAAAUAUGAAUAUAAUAUGACUCACUCAGAUGGUGUUGUGACUAUGGAGAUUGUAGACUGCAAACCAGAAGAUUCUGGUAAAUAUAGUUGUAUAGCGACCAAUUGUCACGGAACAGAUGAAUCAAGUUGUGUGGUGAUCGUAGAAGGUGAAGGUGGAACCGCAGAACAAGCACAACUUGCAAGAAAAUUAUUAUAUUCCGGAGAUCGUAGGUAUAUAGAGCAACCCCUAAAACCAGCCCCACCGCCAAUAGUAACCGUAAGAAAACCAAGUGUAAGUGCGGCUUCUAGUAGAAACCAAGAUAAUGUAAAUACUGUAAAUCUAAAUAGCAUCAAUGAAGCAUUAGAUAAACGAUCACCUAAAAAAUACGGUGGUAACUUAGAUACAACUGGAAGCCCUUCCAGAUCUCGUAGCGCUACCAAAGAAUUAAUAUUGCCCCCAGAUGAUUCUCUAAUGUGCAAACCAGAUUUUACAACUCCUUUAAAAGAUAGAUCUGUAAAAGAUGGUGAUAGUUUAACAUUAACAUGUACCGUUAAGGGUGACCCAGAACCACAAGUUUCGUGGUUUAAAGGCGGCAAGGCAUUGAGUUCUUCCGAAAUUAUGGACUUGAAAUAUAAAAAUGGCGUUGCCACAUUAUCGAUAAAUGAAGUAUUCCCAGAAGAUGAAGGUGUUUAUGUUUGUAAAGCUACCAAUUCAAUUGGAGUUAGUGAAACAAGUUGUAAAUUAACGGUUAAACCAAUGGCAAACGGCAAGGUGUCAAAGAAAGCUACAGGAGACAAACCACCUAAAAUAGUGAGUCACUUAGAAUCCAAAUACGUCGAAGAUGGAACACCCGUCACGUUAUCUUGUAGAAUAAUAGAUGCUGAGAAAUUCGAUGUCGUCUGGUUGCACAAUAACAAAGAAAUUAAACCAAGCAAAGACUUUAUGUAUUCAAAUGAAGCAAAUAUAUAUAAACUCCAAAUAGCAGAAAUAUUCCCUGAGGAUUGCGGCACCUACACAUGUGAAGCAUUCAACGAUGCAGGAGAAAGCUUCAGUUCGUGCACACUAAAUGUGUUAGUACCAGGCGAGAAGAAAAAGACACCAGCUUUCAGCACUUUCCCAGAGUCCGCCAGCGUGCAAGAGGGCGAGAGUGCAUCGUUCUUAGUUCGCACAGAAGACGAAGUUCUUGGACUUCAAUGGAUAAAAGAUGGUAAACCUAUUGACGAGAAGAGCUCUCGCUAUCGAUUCACAAUGGAGGGCAAAACGACCUUCCGAUUAGAGAUAGUAUCCUGCGCCAGCAUAGACGUGGGCCAAUACCAAGCCAAAGCCAUCGGUAAGACAGGAGAAACAUUCGCUGCGUUCUCAGUGAAUGUCGCAGCCGAGCAUUGAGCCGAACAACUAAAUUAAUAACCGAUCCUGCACACGGCUUAGGCCAAAAAACGAGACGACUCGCGUUGAAUCGCGAGAUAUCGUGUAAACUUAAGUUUAUUAAAUUAUUAUGUUUAUAUGAAUAAAUUAUUAGUGUGUAUCUAAGCGUGUAUUGUAUGUGUAUGUAUAAUUUAAAACACGUGUACUGAUUUUUUUCUGGCAUCCUCAACCUUACCAUCCACACAGAAAAUUCUUUGUACGCGUGUUUUUCAUUAUAAUUCGCCUUGCGCACUUCGGCUUAUAUAUUAGGCCGAACAUAAAUCUUUAUUUUAUGUUUUAUUCGUUAAUUUAUUUUAAUUUUAAAUUCAUGUAAGUGCUUUUUACUGCUUCCUAAAUUGCUUUUGUAUUGUUAAAGUAUCACACGAGGAAGCAGGAUUGUUUUAUUUUGUAACGCAAUAACGCUGAUACAUAUUACGCUUAUCCGUAAUGUGCUUUGCUGGAUUCGUACAGCAGCAAGCAUUCAGAAAUAUUUCGAAAAAUAAAUUGUUAUAUUAAUG